UCUUCCUUCCCUUCGUCCUGUCUCUCCUCCUCAUUUUACUCCUCAACCCUUCUCUUUUCCUUCCCAUCUCUCAUCUUCCAGUUCAAGCCCUCGGAUUUCUCACUACCCUCCACCUACACAUUUAGAAUUAUCCCGGUCCCAUUCUCCUCGACUUUUCUCUUCACCACAUUUUUUCCAUUCUUCAUCGACUAUUGGAUAUCUUAGCAUCUAUCCAUAUAUAUAAUAUCUUCAAACUGACACUCGCCUGCCAUCUAUUCCAUCGGCAGUUCUGAUUCGGCAUUGCCCUGGGAGAUAGACCACCAGUGAGACUCAUUUCUGAAGUCACAAGUCACCCAGUAUCCCGACCGCAACAUACCAUGGCUUCCCGUCAUUCGCGUAAAUUACUGCGACCGCUGCUCUAUACGUCACUCGCCACGGCUGCGGGUGCUGGAGUGCUUUACAUCUCUUACCGCCCUCGCAAUAUCCCUGGUUCCGAGGCCCCUGCGGUCCCGCCCCCAGGCUACCACGAAGGCCGCCUGGUGCCGCCUAGUUUUCCCCGGAUCAAGUCUAGAUUGGAACAAAUCGAGGACCUCAAGCGAUCUGCAAAGGGGGGCGAGGAAGAAUAUGAUCUGCUAGUCAUUGGCGGUGGCGCCACUGGCUCAGGAAUCGCUCUUGAUGCCGCAACUCGAGGGCUGAAGGUUGCCAUCGUCGAACGGGAUGAUUUCAGUGCCGGAACUAGCAGCAAAAGCACGAAACUUGUACACGGGGGUGUGCGUUACCUCGAAAAGGCGGUAUGGGAACUGGAUUAUAAUCAAUACGCACUUGUCAAGGAAGCCUUGCGGGAACGGAAGUAUUUUCUAAACACAGCCCCCCAUCUUUCUAGCUGGCUCCCAAUCAUGGUACCGGUACAGAAGUGGUGGCAGGCACCCUAUUUCUGGGCAGGCACCAAAUUUUACGACUUUCUGGCUGGAUCAGAAGGUAUCGAGAGCUCUUACUUUCUGACCAAGAGUAAAGCCAUUGAUGCUUUUCCGAUGCUUAGAAAGGAUAAUCUGAUCGGUGCUAUGGUUUACUACGACGGUGCUCACAAUGAUUCUCGAAUGAACGUUUCCCUGGCAAUGACAGCUGCACUGUACGGUGCCACUGUUGUCAACCACAUGCAGGUUACUGGCUUGACCAAGGAUUCAUCCGGCAAGCUGACCGGUGCCCACCUUAAGGACGUGAUUCCAGGGAGAAACGGCCAGGAGGAGGGAGAAUUCACCAUUAAGGCGAAGGGUAUUAUUAAUGCGACUGGGCCCUUUACCGACUCGAUCAGAAAGAUGGACGAACCUGAUGUGAAGGAAAUUGUAGCUCCUAGCUCGGGUGUUCAUGUCAUUCUCCCCGGGUACUACAGCCCAUCAGACAUGGGACUGAUCGAUCCGUCGACAUCUGACGGCCGAGUCAUCUUCUUCCUGCCCUGGCAAGGAAACACUAUUGCUGGCACCACGGAUCAGCCCUCUGAAAUCACGACCCAGCCCGAACCAUCUGAGAAAGACAUCAACUGGAUUCUCACGGAAGUUCGUCGAUACUUGGCCCCUGAUAUCAAUGUUGAACGAAGUGAUGUGCUUGCCGCUUGGUCAGGAAUUCGUCCUCUAGUACGCGAUCCCAAGGUCAAGAGUUCCGAGGCUUUGGUGCGAAACCACCUCAUCUCCGUAUCCCCAUCUGGCUUGUUGACUUGUGCUGGUGGAAAAUGGACUACGUAUCGGCAGAUGGCCGAAGAGGCAGUUGACGAGGCUGUCAAGGUUUUCGGUCUGAAGCCCCGUCAAGUAACCGAUGCGCCCGACAUCAGCGGCGUUGGUGGAAGUGGACUUGUCGCCGAUGGCGCUGUCCUUGAUGGCUCUUGCCAAACCCAUCAGGUCCGUUUGAUUGGUGCUCAUGGUUACUCAAAGACCCUCUUUAUCAACCUCAUCCAACAUUAUGGCCUCGAGACGGAUGUGGCACAGCACCUCACCCAAUCUUACGGUGAUCGAGCCUGGCAGGUUGCGGCUUUGUCUUCACCCACCAAUGCUCGUUUUCCUGUUCGAGGCCAGCGUAUAUCCACCCUCUAUCCUUUCAUUGAUGGCGAAGUUCGUUACGCUGUUCGCCACGAGUACGCACAAACUGCUGUCGAUGUUCUUGCACGCAGAACUCGUCUAGCGUUCCUAAAUGCUGAAGCAGCCCUAGAAGCCCUUCCUAGUGUCAUUGAUCUCAUGGGCGAAGAGCUGAACUGGGACAGCGGUCGAAAGGAUGUUGAGUGGAAGGAGAGCGUCAAAUUCUUGUCCUCAAUGGGACUUCCCAAGAACUUCCUUGGUCUGAGCAGAGCGGACGUCGAGGCCGGCAAGGUUAAGCAGGUUGAUAUCGCGCAACGAGCAGCUUUCUCCAGGACAGAUCCGUCAGCGGAUGCGCUUGACAACGACAACCUCUCAUCCGAAUCGAACAAGAUGAUCGAACCCGACUCACCGGCUAACAAAUAGAACAGUCACACACCAUAGAGCUAUCUUGUAUAAAUAAUUGGAAGUGUAUAAUUGGCAUAUUCUUAUGUUUUAUUGACUCCGACAAUCUCUUGGUUUGUCAUUUUGGAAAAAGGGAGACGUGGGCUUGCGUUGUUCAAGCUUGCUAGCUUACAGGAGCGCUUUUUGUUUUCGUUCUUAAAACAGAAAUCAUCCGGUUUACUGGUGACCACACCUCGGCCGGAUGGCUGAAGGGCUUUCUGUCAAGGAUUUUGGGUGUCACCUGCCUGCCUCAUUUCGUUGAAGGCUAGCUGAGUGUAACAGGGCCAGUUCUCACUGAUGCCAGUAGUCAUUAACCUUAAUA